AUGCUGGACCCGUCCUCCAGCGAAGACACCGGUGGGGAGACCGACCCAGAAGUUUUCGAGGAGCCCCCGAAGAAACCUUCUGCCUCUCCGGCAGGUAAGGUGGAAAACAGCAGCCGAGCAGCCGGGAAGAAGCGGCAGAGCGCCGCACCUGGAGGCGCCCCCGGAAAAGGUGCCAAAGACAGCGACGCUACAGGUGAAGAGGAGGAGAGGAAGGAGCGGGAGCGGAUCCAGAGGGAGGAAGAGGAGAGGAAAAUUAAACUGCAGAUCUAUGUUUUCGUUCUGCGGUGCAUUGCCUACCCGUUCAACGCAAAGCAGCCCACCGACAUGGCCCGACGGCAGCAGAAGGUGAACAAGCAGCAGUUGCAGGCGGUGAAGGAUCGUUUUCUGGCCUUCCUCAACGGGGAUACGCAGAUUGUGGCAGAUGAAGCGUUCUGUAAUGCCGUGAGAAGCUACUAUGAGGGCUUUUUAAAGAGCGAGCGUGUUUCCCGGAUGGUUCAGAGCGGUGGAUGCUCUGCCAAUGACUUCCGCGAGGUUUUCAAGAAGAACAUCGAGCGACGCGUCCGCAGCCUCCCUGAGAUCGAUGGUCUGAGCAAAGAGACCGUGCUGAGCUCCUGGAUCGCCAAAUAUGACGCCAUCUACAGGGGGGACGAGGACAUGCGACGUCAGCCACAGCGAGCGCACCUGAGUGCCGUGUCAGAACUCAUCCUCAGUAAGGAGCAGCUGUACGACAUGUUCCAGCAAAUUCUCAGCAUCCGCAAGUUUGAGCACCAGCUGUUGUACAAUGGCUGUCAGCUGGAUAACGUGGACGAGCAGGCAGCUCAGAUCCGCAGAGAGCUGGACGGCAGGUUACAACUGGCCGAGAAAAUUGCCAGGCUUGAAAGGAGAUACCCAAAGUUUGUCUCUGCUGAUAUGGAGGCCCUGUAUGUGGAGGAACUGCGUUCAUCAGUCAACCUGCUGAUGGCAAACUUAGAGAGUCUGCCAGUGUCUAAAGGAGGUCCAGACUUCAAACAGAAGCUCAAACGCUCCUCCAUGAACAACUCUUUCCUGGACAUGGGAGAUGAGGGAGACAUCCUGUCCAAAUCAGAUGUCGUGCUGUCCUUCACUCUGGAGAUUGUGAUCGUGGAGGUCCAGGGGCUGAAGUCAGUGGCUCCGAACCGUAUUGUUUACUGCACCAUGGAGGUGGAGGGAGGAGAGAAGCUGCAGACAGACCAAGCAGAAGCUUCCAGACCACAUGGAAGGAAGCAGAAGGAGAAGACCUCAAACAACCGCAAUUUCUGUCAAAACCGUGUGUCGGAGAGAAAAGCCGAGCACAUUGUGGUCCUGAACCCGACCACUAAUGGACCAAAGCAAGCGGAGUUCCAUCGGAUGGUCGUCCCCAAGAACAGCCAGGACACGGAGCUGAAGAUCAAACUGGCUGUCCGCAUGGACAAACCUCCCAACAUGAAGCACAGCGGGUACCUGUAUGCUGUGGGACAGAGAGUCUGGAAACGGUGGAAAAAAAGAUAUUUUGUUCUUGUUCAGGUAAGCCAGUACACAUUUGCCAUGUGCAGCUACAGAGAGAAGAAGGCUGAGCCUCAGGAGCUGAUGCAACUGGAAGGCUACACGGUGGAUUACUGCGACCCUCAGCCAGGCCUGCAGGGUGGUCGAGUGUUUUUCAACGCAGUGAAAGAAGGCGACCUGGUGAUGUUCGCCUGCGACGACGAGCAGGACCGGGUGCUGUGGGUCCAGGCCAUGUACCGAGCCACUGGACAGUCCUACAAACCAGUCCCACCGCUGCAGAACAAAACCACAAACUGCAGAGGAGGAAGCCAGAAACCAGCAUCUCCCAUCA